AUGACCUACACAAGAGAAAAUUUUCUGCAAAGCAAUAACAAAGAAAACCAAGUACAGCCAGUGAAAAAUACAACUAGGGAGCAGAACAAGGCUGUUAGCAAACAAAUUUUAGAUAUUAACACUAAUGCAGUCCCAAAAAAUUCUUUAGGAAACCAAGAGGAAAAAGCCCAAGAAAUUUCUAGAGAUAUAAAUCAUAAUGAUAAUUAUUCAGAUGAAUAUCAUUCAGAUAAACAUCUUUCAGAUGAUGACAUAUCAGUCGAAGAGCUACCUCUAAACCAGCAAUUAGAAACUAAGGCUAUACAAGAUGAUAAGGCAGCGAGAAUGAAUGAGAAAGAAAACUUAUCAGUUGGUCACGUGAAUCAGUCAGAGGUGGCCUCAAGUUCAAGUAGUUCAUCUGAAGGGGCUACAAUAGAUAAUGAAGUGGUAGCUAAGGAAAGGGAUGCCGAAGACAAGAUAGAAUCUAAUGAUAUGCAACUUACUGUACAAGAGAGCUCCCAUAUCGAAGUAACUGAGGAAAUCCUAUGGUCAAAUACAAACUCUAAGAUUUCAUCAGACAUUUCUAAGCCACACUCACUACCAAGCAAAAAUGUAUCUGAAAUUUCAAAGGAAGCAGUAUUAGUGCAUCAAUAG